GACCCUGCAUUCACUAUAUCUGGUCUCCCCGGACCCUGCAUUCACUAUAUCCGGUCUCCCCGGACCCUGCAUUCACUAUAUCUGGUCUCCCCGGACCCUCCAUUCACUAUAUCUUGUCUCCCCGGACCCUGCAUUCACUAUAUCUGGUCUCCCCGGACCCUGCAUUCACUAUAUCUGGUCUCCCCGGACCCUGCAUUCACUAUAUCCGGUCUCCCACAGUACACACAAUAUGGAAAUGCAACUAUUUUAGUAAAUAGAUAAUCACAUGCACAUGUCAUGUGAUUAGCUGUGGCCAAACCACAGCUAAGCACAAAAAAAAAAACCCUGAAUGAACCGAUGUCAUUCAGGUAAAUGCUUGCUUAUAGCAAAGUAAUUCUUUGUUAUAAGCAAAAUUGUGUAAAAAAAAAAAAUACUGAUCA